AAAGUGAGACGCCGACACCUCAGCAGCCUCAAGCGUUUGUGGUUAUAUUGGCGAUAAGAGACACAUCUUCUUGAGUCACCGGACAACAAAGAUUUUUCUCCGCUUCAUGAAAACACACGCUGAGUCCCGUUUAGUGCGAAGACCUGCCGGAGUUUUAGCACAGAUUGGAGGAAGGACAUAGCGAGUGAGCGACAUGGCAGCCUCGGAGCUGUACACAAAGUCUGCUCGGGUGUGGAUCCCUGAUGCAGAGGAGGUGUGGAAGUCAGCUGAGCUCAUUAAGGACUACAAAAAUGGCGACGGCUCUCUCCAGCUCAUGCUGGAGGAUGGAACGAACAUUGAGCACAAACUUGAUCCUAAGACAAAGAACCUGCCUUACCUGCGUAACCCCGACAUCCUGGUGGGUGAAAACGACCUCACAGCGCUCAGCUACCUCCACGAGCCAGCCGUGCUGCACAACCUCAAAGUCCGCUUCAUCGACUCAAAAUUAAUCUACACUUACUGUGGAAUUGUUCUCGUAGCCAUCAACCCGUAUGAGACACUGCCCAUCUACGGGACAGACAUAAUCAAUGCCUACAGCGGGCAGAACAUGGGAGACAUGGACCCACAUAUCUUUGCUGUGGCAGAGGAAGCUUAUAAACAGAUGGCCAGGGAUGAGAGGAACCAGUCGAUUAUUGUGAGCGGGGAAUCCGGAGCAGGGAAGACUGUAUCAGCUAAAUAUGCUAUGAGAUACUUUGCUACAGUCAGUGGCUCUGCCAGCGAGGCCAAUGUAGAAGAGAAAGUCUUGGCUUCCAACCCCAUCAUGGAGGCCAUCGGGAACGCAAAAACUACCCGAAAUGACAACAGCAGCCGUUUUGGAAAAUACAUUGAAAUCGGCUUUGACACCCGCUUCCGUAUUAUUGGUGCCAACAUGAGAACUUAUCUGCUGGAGAAAUCACGAGUGGUGUUUCAGGCGGACGAGGAGAGGAAUUAUCAUAUCUUCUAUCAACUUUGCGCCUCAGCUCAUCUGCCAGAGUUCAAGAAUCUAAGGCUGAGUAAAGCCAAUGAAUUCCUGUACACCAGGCAGGGUCGCAGUCCUGUUAUCGAUGGUGUGGAUGACACAAAGGAGCUUUGCACUACUCGCCAUGCUUUCACACUCCUGGGUAUUAAUGAGUCCUAUCAGAUGGGCUUGUUCCAGGUUUUGGCUGCUAUUCUUCAUCUAGGAAACGUUGAGAUAAAGGACAGAGAUUCAGACAGCAGCCUUAUUGCACCCAAUAAUUCACAUCUGACUGCGUUCUGUGAACUCGUGGGCGUGACCUACCAGGAUAUGUCCCAGUGGCUGUGCCACAGGAAGCUGAAGACGGCCACAGAAACUUAUAUCAAGCCCCUCCCUCGCCUCCAGGCCACCAACGCUCGCGAUGCCCUCUCUAAACAUAUCUAUGCCAAACUCUUCAACUGGAUUGUAGAGCAUGUCAACAAGGCUCUGGUCACCAACAUUAAACAGCACUCCUUCAUUGGGGUCCUCGACAUCUACGGGUUUGAGACAUUUGAAAUCAACAGCUUUGAGCAGUUCUGUAUCAACUAUGCUAACGAGAAGCUCCAACAACAAUUCAACAUGCAUGUGUUCAAGCUAGAGCAGGAAGAGUACAUGAAGGAGCAGAUCCCCUGGACUCUGAUUGACUUCUAUGACAAUCAGCCCUGCAUCAACCUUAUAGAAGCCAAGAUGGGCAUCCUGGACCUGCUGGAUGAGGAGUGCAAGAUGCCUAGAGGCUCAGAUGACUCAUGGGCUCAGAAACUGUACAACACCCACCUGAAGACUUGUUCUCUGUUUGAGAAGCCCCGUAUGUCCAAUCGCGCCUUCAUCAUUCAGCAUUUUGCAGACAAGGUAGAGUACCAGUGUGAUGGUUUCCUGGAGAAAAACAAGGACACGGUAAAUGAAGAACAGAUCAAUGUGCUGAAGGCCAGCAAGUUUGACCUUCUGGUGGAGCUGUUCCAGGAUGAGGAGAAGGCGACUAGCCCCUCUGGUCAGGCCCCUGGCACCGGAGGCCGAACUCGCCUCAGCAUCAAACCCGACAAGGGCCGGGAUACAAGCAGCAAGGAACACAAAAAGACCGUGGGGUGUCAGUUUCGUAACUCUCUACAAAUGCUGAUGGAGACUUUGAAUGCAACCACUCCUCACUACGUCCGCUGCAUCAAACCCAAUGACUUCAAACUGGCCUUUUCGUUUGAUCCCAAACGUGCAGUUCAGCAGCUUAGAGCCUGUGGUGUCCUAGAAACCAUCCGCAUCUCUGCUGCCGGCUUCCCGUCCAGGUGGACAUACCAGGAGUUCUUCAGCCGCUACAGAGUGCUGAUGAAGCAGAAAGACGUGCUCGCUGACAAGAAGCUUACCUGCAGGAACGUUCUGGAGAAAUUAGUUCAGGACCAGGACAAAUAUCAGUUUGGUAAGACUAAAAUCUUCUUUCGGGCCGGCCAGGUGGCUUACCUGGAGAAACUGAGGGCAGACAAGCUGCGUGCUGCAUGCAUCCGCAUCCAGAAAACCAUCCGCUGCUGGCUGGCACGAAAGAAGUACCUGCGCAAGCGCAGCGCUGCCAUCACCAUCCAGAGGUUCACCAGGGGAUACCAGGCUCGCUGCUUGGCUAAGUUUAUGCGGCGUACUCAGGCAGCCACCAUUAUCCAGAAGUACCAGAGGAUGUACGUGGGGAGGAAACGCUACAGGCAGAAGCAGGCUGCUGCUCUGGCCAUGCAGACUAUCCUCAGAGCCUACAUGGCCCGCCAGAAGUACCAGGCGCUACUGCGGGAGCAUAAGGCAGUAAUAAUUCAAAAGCACAUUCGUGGAUGGUUGGCCAGGUGCUGGUACAAGCGCUGCCUCGAGGCCAUCGUCUACCUGCAGUGCUGCAUCCGCAGGAUGAGAGCCAAGCGAGAACUGAAGAAGCUGAAGAUCGAGGCUCGCUCUGUCGAGCACUUCAAGAAGCUAAACAAAGGCAUGGAGAACAAGAUCAUGCAGCUACAAAGAAAGAUCGAUGAGCAGCACAAAGAAAAUCGUACAGUCAGCGAUAAGCUCGUUGGCCUGGAGAGUUCAUAUGCAACAGAGAGCGAGAAGAUGCGAAUGGAGCUGAGCCGGCUGCGUGGGGCAGAGGAAGAAGCCAAGAAAAAAGCGAGCCAGGUGUCGUCCCUGCUGGAGGAGCUGGAGAGACUGAAGAAAGAACUGAGCACCACACAGCAGGAGAAGAAGACCAUCGAGGACUGGGCACAAACCUACAGGGACGAAAUGGAGAAAAUGGUGUCCGAGCUGAAGGAUCAGAAUGGCUUACUGAAGACGGAGAAGGAAGAUUUGAACAGGUUGAUUCAGGAACAGAGUCAGCAGAUGACAGAGAAAAUGGCUCGUGCGAUCGCUGCGGAGACUCAGCAGCUGGAGACGGAUCUGAACGAGGAGCGCUCUCGCUAUCAGAAUCUGUUGACAGAGCAUCUUCGCCUGGAAGAGAAAUACGACGACCUAAAGGAGGAGAUGGCUCUUUCCUCGAACGUCUCCAAGCCUGGCCACAGGAGAACAGACUCCACCCACAGCAGCAACGAAUCAGAGUACACCUACAACUCAGAGUACGCCGAAUUGGAGGACGGUUCCCGUGCCGGAGAAGAUGUCACACGAGGAAUGGACACCUCACUGACUCUCAAGCUGCAGAAACGUGUAACAGAACUGGAGCAAGAAAAGCAGUCGCUGCGCAACGAGCUGGAAAACAAAGAAGACCAGUUCCAGCGGGCUAGAGCCAGGGAUAAUGCAGAGUUUAGAAAGGCUCGUGGAGCAGAGCUGGAAUACGAGUCUUUGAAGCGUCAAGAGCUAGAGUCAGAGAACAAGAAGCUGAGACAUGACCUGGCAGAAAUGAGGCAAAGCCUGCUGGGAAAUGCAGCUACAGGUGCCGGGGCACCUGGCUCGCCAGCUUACAAGGUGCUUCUGGACCAGCUCAAUGCUUCCUGUGAAGAACUGGAAGUACGCAAAGAGGAGGUGCUGAUCCUGCGCUCCCAGCUGGUCAGCCAGAAGGAGGCUAUGCAUCACAAGGAUGAGAAGGAGACCAUGACAGAGCCUUCGGUGUUUGCUGAUGAUGUGAACAAACUGAAAGACACUGAUGAAAUAAAGCAAGCCUAUGUUGGCCUCAAAGACACCAACAGAACCGUUGCUCCAGACUUCCAUAAGCUGAAUGAGGACGGGGAGCUGUGGCUGGUUAAUCAGGGCUUAAAGGAGACCCUCAGGUUACUGGAGCACCAGCUGCAGAGUCAGCGGAGAACUUAUGACAGUGAGGUGGAGUCAUUGCGUGGCGAACUGCAAAAUGUCAAAGAGGAGAACAACCGGCAGCAGCAGCUCCUGGCUCAAAACCUCCAGCUGCCUCCAGAGGCUCGCAUCGAAGCCAGUCUGCAGCACGAGAUCACCCGGCUCACCAACGAGAACCUGGAUCUUGACGACCCCACAGCAUCCAGAGAGGCCCGAGUCACCAUUUUACGACGGAUGGUUGAUCUAAUGGAGCAGCUGGAGAAGCAGGACAGAACAAUCCGCAAACUCAAGAAGCAGCUGAAAGUUUAUUCCAAAAGGAUUGGAGAGAUGGGAGCGGGUCAAACUGAGGGUCAAACAUCUCCAGGACAGAUGGUGGACGAACCCAUCCACCCUGUCAACAUCCCCCGCAGGGAGAAGGACUUCCAGGGGAUGCUGGAGUACAAGAAGGAGGAUGAAAUCAAACUGGUUAAGAAUCUCAUCUUAGACCUGAAGCCUCGUGGUGUUGCCGUGAAUCUGAUCCCAGGUCUGCCCGCCUACAUCCUGUUCAUGUGUCUGAGACAUGCAGACUAUGUCAAUGAUGACCAGAAGGUCCGCACUCUACUCACGUCAACCAUCAACAGCAUUAAGAAGAUCCUGAAGAAACGAGGAGACGACUUUGAGACCGUCUCUUUCUGGCUGUCCAACACCUGCCGCUUCUUGCACUGUUUGAAACAAUACAGCGGAGACGAGGCCUUUAUGAGGCACAACACAUCGAGGCAGAAUGAACACUGUCUGAAUAACUUCGACCUCACAGAAUACAGACAAGUCAUCAGUGACUUGGCCAUCCAGAUCUACCAGCAGCUGAUCAAAUGCAUGGAGAACAUCCUCCAGCCCAUGAUAGUAUCUGGCAUGUUGGAGCAUGAAACCAUCCAGGGCGUGUCCGGAGUGAAGCCCACGGGUCUCCGUAAGCGCACGUCCAGCAUUGCUGAUGAGGGCACUUACACCCUGGACUCCAUCCUGCGACAGCUCAGCGCCUUCCACUCCACCAUGUGCCAGCACGGCACCGACCCCGAGCUCAUCAAGCAGGUGGUGAAGCAGCAGUUUUACAUCAUCGGAGCCGUCACCCUCAACAACCUGCUGCUACGCAAGGACAUGUGCUCCUGGAGCAAAGGCAUGCAGAUCAGGUACAAUGUGAGCCAGCUGGAGGAGUGGCUCAGAGACAAAGGCCUGAUGUCCUGUGGAGCCAAAGAGACACUGGAGCCUCUGAUUCAGGCCGCUCAGCUGCUGCAGGUGAAGAAAAAAACUGAUGAGGAUGCAGAAGCCAUCUGCUCCAUGUGCCUGGCCCUCACCACAGCUCAGAUUGUAAAGGUUUUAAAUCUUUACACUCCAGUCAAUGAGUUUGAGGAGAGAGUAUCGGUUGCUUUCAUACGAACCAUACAGACUCGCUUGCGUGACCGUUGUGAGAGUCCCCAGUUGCUGAUGGACACAAAGAUGAUCUAUCCAGUUACCUUCCCAUUUAAUCCCUCCUCCCUCGCCCUGGAAACCAUCCAGCUCCCCAGCUCCCUUAACCUGGCCUUCCUGACCCGCGUGUAAAAGUCCACUCUGAGCCCCACAACAGCCACAGCUGAAACUACGAGCCACAUGACUUCCACUACACAAAAUAGAAAUAAAUACAAAAAAAUAGAUGUACAAUAAAUCAGUUUGAACAAUUUAAAUAAAAUAAAUAAAAUUGUGCACUUUCUCUCAAAGACACACAGCUGCUGACGCUGCUUGAAAUUUAUAUUUAAGACACCAGCCACCAUCUACUGCUUGUACAAACGCCUGCCCCUUAGAGAAGCCACAGGAUCAGAUCAACGCCACCAGCGCUUGUGUUUUGUCAGCACCUGGCUCUGUCCUAGCGCUCGCAACCUUGGUCACCUCUGAUCCUUCCUCUGUGUUCUCAGUAAAGUUUAAGGUAGCUGUUGUUGUCGUCUGGUCCUCCAAUGAAAAUGCAUUGAUAGAAGAUGCCUUAAAGAGGCAUUGAGACCUCACAGCGAGCAGUAAUUUGACAGGCUGUAGUCUUGUGUUGGAUGAGUCAUGCUGCAAAGAAAGCGGAGUGAAAACGAGCGUAUGUUGGCUUUCUGCCCACCCAACAUAAAGUAAACAGACCAGACUUCAUCCUGUAUGUUAUUGUUAAGCUCUGAGCACAGUCAAGACAAAACUCAUCAUCUGUAAUAUAUUAUUUAUAUAUAAAUAAAUCUAUACAAAUAUGAAUAAUAUAUAUCCUGUAUUUUAUUUAUUGCACUUAGUUAAGUUCCCGCCCUCCCUUUUUAAGAUUAGUGAGUUUUAUUGCAGAUUGAAGGAUGGGACCACACACUUCCCAAGAUGAACAAUGUUGUAAAGCUUUAGUUGCACUGUAUGGCUAUUUAUGUCAAUAUUAGGUAAAUUAUAUCGUGUAGUUUAACAAGUUUCAGCAGAGAUAAUUAUUGGCAAAGUCUUAGAGACAUCGCUCUAUCAUGCAUUCCUGGCAGAUGAAGUGUAGCGCAGGUUUAGGAGAGGAGAGGUUUUGAAGAUACGAGGUUGAAACUCUGCCACCGAGGGGGGGUUAACCUGCUACAAUCUUUACCGUUUACAGCUGUGACCAGAGCCGAGAGGAAACACAGAGAUCUUUACUCAUCCAUGAACAUCACAGUGCAGUCACAAAUCUGGAUGCACAACUUAACACUCUGCUUAUUUCUCUCUCUGCUUUGCUUCUGGUCAGAGCCUAGAAAAAUGUUUCACCAUUAUCAUUGUGUCUUUAUUUAUUUCAGUAUUGUCUUUUUUUUGUUUUGUUUUUUUUAAGGUAAUGUUUAUUGUAAAGAUGUGUUCUUGAGCAGAAUGGAUGGCAAAGAUAUUUCUAAACUUAAGAGAUUGCCUGACAUUUAUUCGGCUUUAGAUUUUGCCUGCUGUUUUUCCUGCAGCAACACUAGCACAGCUCUGUGGGAUGAUGUUUUACACAUCUCCUCCACCCCAUGCCUUCCUGUCUUGUGGCUCAAUGUGGGCUUUAUUAUCAAAAACCAACAAGUUAUGAUUAAUCCAGUUGUUACCUGUUAAUGACUGAGGUUUUUUUUUUCUCUUUUGUUUUUUUGGAUAUCUAGAAAAUAUUUGGUGCUUGCUUUCAGCUCAGCCGGUGCAGUUACAGCGUUGUUUAAACCUUAGAGCAUGCAUUGCUGCUGCUGCUGCACUUACUUAACCUGCAUGGACCUGGCUUAUCGAGCAUCACCAGCCAAAGACAUCAGCCUGCAUGUCGCCAUUUUAAAAGAAAGACAAAGCCUCAGUUGAGUGAAGUAGUUUGACAAGUUACUGGUAAUCUGCCCAUGUUGUCACAAAGACGCCUCUGUCUCCAUAACACCAUCUCCUGUUUAGCACUUUUUUCUUUACUUCCUGUUGUACCCUUUGUAUUAAAGAGGUUUUUCAUGUAAACUUAAUAAUUCCCCAGGUACCUUUUUGUAUUUCAAUUUGAAGGAGUGUUUUCUGUGUGAACAGAACUGGACUUUAUUUUUGCGAUCAGUCUGGAUGACUGCAGAAAAAAACACGAGCCAUAAAAAUAUCAAUUACUGAGAGCACGCAGCUACAUAUGAAAGAAAAUUUAUCAAUGAAGUUUCUUGUUAAAUGUCACUCAGAGUUCAAGUGGAUUUGUUUAAAUUAUUUGUGGCACCUUGACAUCCAUCUGCUCUCACUGGGACCACAUUUUAACAGCCUUUUGUUGAAUUAUUGUAUUUGUAUGUAGUGUAACGUAUGGCUUGUGUAAAGCGAACAUAUCUGCAAGCUGUAACAAGAAGGAUGAUCACUGUAGGAGUUAAUCAACCACAUGAAUGUUUAAGCGUUUCAAGAUUUUAGCUGCACACUGUAGACAAAGCCUUAUCUAAUUUUUUUUUUUUUUUUUGCUAUCUGAAUGACUUACAUCAUCAGCAUUGUGGUAUGUUGUGUUGUCAGUGCAGUAUUUUCCCACUUUAAAUGGAUAUAAUUUGUUUAAAUUAGAUCAUUUUGUAUUGAUAACGCCUCCUCCUGUCCUACAGCUGGUGUCACAGAUGGGUUAUGCUGUUUAUUCCUUAGCCAGAAUGCACUUUUUUUUAUGCUGCAGAGGAAGGCUGAUAAAUAACAGAUGGGUAUGGACUCUAAAAAGAAAAACUUUUCACCUGAAAUUUUUUUCUUUUCUCUGAUUUUUUUUUUUUAUAUUUUUAGGCAACAUUUGCCCAUAGCCCUCUUGCACAAUAGCUCUUAACAUGAAUUAAAGUUACAGAUGGCGUUCAGACCGGGUCGACAGGUGACAGUAGGAAGGAAGGCCUCGUUUUAGAGAAGAAGAAAUAAAAAAUAAAACAUAUUCAUCCUUAUGUUGUUGAGCAGAGCUGCUGUGGUGGUUUGUUCCCCGGGCUUCUUGUGGGCACUCAAACAGGAGAAAAUGCCAUUGCGUCAUUCUCCAUGUUUCACAUUGAGGAGUGUCGGUUGUAUGAUAUGACAUAGACAUUAUAAAUGACCAUUGUUCUUCUCAACCCUAGAAUUAAAUGUGUCUUUAAAAAAAUAGUUAAAAACAGAAGAUAUGUCAUCACCCCAGCUGUUGUGGUACUGGUGUGAACAUGCUGAAGCCAGUAUCAAAUGUUUCUUCUAAACUCGUGUACAUUUGACAAACUGGACUGUUUGUAGUUUCUGGUAGCUGUGCUUCGUGAAUGUGUUCACCAUUAAGAACCUUGGAAUAAAUUGUCAAACCUGUAAAAGUUAAUUAAAGAAUUCAGCACUG